AUGGGCAAAAGGAACUCAAAACUGAAGCAAGAUACAAUCGACAAAUUAAUAGAAGACACGUAUUUUUCGGAAAAAGAAAUCAGACAAUGGCACAAAGGUUUUCUAAAGGAUUGCCCAAACGGAUUACUGACGGAACAAGGUUUUAUAAAAAUAUACAGACAAUUUUUCCCGCAAGGUGAUCCAACAAAAUUCGCAUCACUUGUGUUCAGAGUGUUUGACGAAAAUAAGGAGGUAUACCAGGUUGCCAUCGCCGCUUGUAAUGGUGGCUGCGUCGUCCAAGGUCAGACUUUUUGUUCAUUAUCUUCUCCAUAA